CGCACUCGGGCAGAGCCUGCGGGCGGGAGGCGGAGGCACCCUCGGAGCCCGGCGCCCGGCGGGGAGGGGGCGUGCGACCGGGGACCGGCCCCGAGGCGCAGGAUGGAGGAGGAGAUGCAGCCGGCGGAGGAGGGGCCCAGCGUCCCCAAAAUCUACAAGCAGCGCAGCCCCUACAGCGUCCUCAAGACGUUCCCCAGCAAGAGACCGGCGCUGGCCAAGCGCUACGACAGACCCACCCUGGUGGAGCUGCCGCACGUCCGGCCGCCGCCGCCCCCGCCGCCCUUCGCGCCGCACGCCGCCGUCUCCAUCAGCAGCAGCGAGCCGCCGCCGCCGCCGCCGCCGCCGCCGCCGCAGCAGUUCCAGGCGCAGAGCUCCUACCCCCCCGGGCCCGGCCGGGCCGCCGCCGCCGCCUCGUCGUCGUCUCCAUCCUGCACGCCCGCCGCGUCCCAGGGCCACCUGAGGACUCCGGCGCCGCCGCCGGCGGCCCCCGCCGCCUCCUCAUCCUCGUCCUUCGCCGCCGUCGUCAGGUAUGGCCCGGGCCCGGCGGCCGCCACGGGCAGCAGCAGCGCGGGCAGCGACGGCGCCAGCCUGGAGCUCAGUGCAGCUUCAUCUUCCACUAGGAGGAACCUCACAUACACAGGAAUGGAUGCCCCAGUCCAAACUUCCAGGCUCUGGCACCAUGGUCUGUCUGUGGGAGAAUGGCUCAGGGAGGAGUCCAACACAGGCCCUCGAAGCAGUUUGAAGAGUCGAAUGAUCUUGGAUGCCUUUGCCCAGCAAUGCAGUCGAGUUCUUAGUCUCUUAAAUUGUGGAGGAAAGCUUCUGGACUCCAACCAUUCCCAAUCCAUGAUUUCUUGUGUAAAGCAGGAAGGCUCGAGUUAUACCGAAAGACAGGAGCAGUGUCCCAUCGGGAAAGGGGUCCACAGUCAGACCUCUGAUAACGUAGAUGUAGACAUGCAAUAUAUGCAAAGGAAACAACAGACUUCUGCCUUUUUGAGGGUUUUCACUGACUCCCUACAAAAUUACCUGCUCUCAGGGAGUUUCCCGACUCCAAACACCUCAUCGGUCAGUGAGUACGGCCAUCUGGCCGACGUGGAUCCUCUGUCAACCUCCCCCGUGCACACACUAGGUGGCUGGACCUCCCCGGCGACCUCCGAAUCCCACGGUCACCCAUCUUCUUCCACACUGCCAGAAGAGGAGGAAGAGGAGGAAGAGGAAGGCUACUGUCCGAGGUGCCAGGAGCUGGAGCAGGAGGUUAUUUCCCUGCAACAAGAAAAUGAAGAGCUCAGACGGAAAUUGGAGAGCAUCCCAGUGCCCUGCCAAACUGUUCUGGAUUACCUGAAGACCGUGUUACAGCACCACAACCAGCUCCUGGUCCCGCAGCCCGCCGAGCAGCCCACCGAGGGAAGCAAGCAGCUGCUGAACAACUAUCCUGUCUACAUAACGAGCAAACAGUGGGACGAGGCUGUAAAUUCUUCCAAGAAAGACGGGCGACGGCUCCUUCGAUAUCUCAUCAGAUUUGUUUUCACAACCGAUGAGCUUAAGUACUCAUGCGGCCUUGGGAAAAGGAAAAGGUCAGUGCAGUCAGGAGAGACAGGUCCUGAAAGACGCCCUCUGGAUCCAGUUAAAGUAACAUGCCUCCGAGAAUUCAUUAGGAUGCACUGUACCUCCAACCCUGACUGGUGGAUGCCCUCGGAGGAGCAGAUAAACAAAGUGUUCAGCGACGCUGUGGGGCACGCCCGGCAGGGGCGGGCGGUGGGGACUUUCCUGCACAACGGCGGCUCAUUCUAUGAAGGGAUCGACCACCAGGCUUCCCAGGAUGAGGUCUUCAAUAAAAAUUCCCAGGAUGGGUCCGGGGAUUAGUGGACAGAAUCUUGACACUGGAGCAGCUAGUCCUCACGAGUUCCAGUUUUCCACAUCCUGUUACCCUCACCUGCGAGUCCAAAGCACGUCCUUCUGCCAGACUUGACACAUCUCAAACCUUAAGUCUCUGACCUACUGCCACCAUUCCCAAACAGAAAUCCAUUUUAGGAUUGUUUGGGAAGUCUAUGGGACCUACAACAGGCUUUCAGGAGAUUACAAAAAGCAAAGAACCACAAUUGCAUUGAAUUGAUUGCUAGCUAGACAGUGAGGCUGAAAACAAUAGUGAGCUCCUGGUCACGUGUCCGAAACCUUCACGUAAGCUCUGCUUCCCGAGCAGAGCCAGUCCCCAUGGAAGGCCAGGUUAGAGUAGAGAAGACAGAGACAUGGAGUUAUUUUAAGGGACAACGAACAAACAUUGUCUUACUUUAAUUCAAAUAAGUUGUCUUUAUAUUUUCCAAAGACCUGAAUUCCUACUUCUCAGCAAAGACAUAGGAUAAGUGACACUGUGCUGUCUCAGCAUUGAAAAACCCAGAGAAAAGAGGUCACUGCUAGACAAUGAUUCAUUGGAAAUCAGGUGGGGUUUUUUUCAGUUGUUUUAGAAUAACUGAAAAAAAUAGAAUAAACUACCCCCCCAAAAAAAUUUUUACUAUGUUGAUCAUAAAGGCACUACAUGAUCUCUGGAGUUUACAAACAGUAAGUUUUCGUUAUGUCAGUCAAGAAAUCUCCAAAGAUCCAAAAUGCUUUUCAAAUGCUUGAUUUCGUAGGUUCAUAGACCCACAGUUUCCAUAGCCUUAACUCAGACUUUGUUGAUGCAAUGCCAAAGUGAUGGGUUGAGCAAUGAGAGUUUUAACCACUCGGCUGUUCGGCGCACUGAAGACCGAACAAGUGGUAUGACUGAUGGUAUUCACUGAAUUGACCAGAUGUUCGGGAAUUGUGUACACACAGCUUCAAGGCCAUUCUGACAACUAUGCAAUGGGCUUGUCUGUAAUUGCUCUGAAAUGUGAGGGUCUUCCUCUGAGUAGAUCUUUAGAAUUUGCAUAAACUUUUGUUUCUUACUGUCACUGAUGAAAAUGUUUCAUCCCAACUGUUUUGCUGUUUGGCAUCUCCUUCCCGCCCAACCCCCGCCCCCCAAUGUAGUUCCCUUGAACUACAAGCUCUGGCUAAGUUCACACUAAACUCCCACUUGUUUCCUCCAGUUUAAUUGGUUGAGCUCCUUCUGUGAAUGACUACUGUCUUCGGGAGCAUUCCUUACGUACAAACUACGGAGAUACCAGAAUCUGUUUGUGAGGACUUCGGGGUUGGCUGCCGGGAGCAGCCUCCUCUAUCGUAUUUAAUCCGACUGUUACGUUCUUUGUGGAGCCUAGGGCUCAGUGGGCAGAAGUUACUGAAGGCUAUUAAUGUCGUCUACAGACACGACUAAGGGUUUUGAAAAUUGAUUGGACAUUCAUUUAAAGUUCAUGUGCAUUUUGUAACCAUUUUUUGUGAGACAGUAAAUUAUCCUUUAUGUUCAGUAGUUAGCAUCAGCUAUAUGCAUGGUCCUGGAAAUAGGCCCGUCUUUAGCUUUUGUUAGGAUUAUGAGUUUCAUCCAUUGAAAGGUUUAAUGUUUAUAGAGAUGGUCCUUUGUCUGAUCUGUUCGGUAGUGUGGGAAGAACUAACAGUUCAAUCCUGUUUUGGGCAAGUUGGCUAACACUUGUGAGUAAAGGAAAUGAUAAGAGCAAAUGUGAUGUUGGUUAGGGGAACCAAGAGACAGAGAAAGAGAUUCUUCAAGGAGUUUCCAGAGGUCUGAGAAGUCAAUACUUUACAAGAUCCUUUGGUGACAGGAAAUCUUGGUCUGGCGCAAACUGUCACCAUAAGCAUGUUACCUUUGUCUUUUUCGCAUUAGGCUUUAGUUAUCCUUACCACUGAGGACAGUGUCCGUUUUUUUUUCCCCCUUUAGCAACAGUAUUUGACCACUGCUCAAAAAACUCCUGACUUGUCCCUGCAAGCUUGAAAGUGUGGCAUGUCUCCCCAUCUAAGCGUCGUCGUAGAUCUCUGUGUUGUGCUGGUCUAGACUGAGGUGUUUGAUGAGAGCAUCUCUGUCCUCAGUCUCCAUAGCCUUGUGUCGUACGUGUUUAAAGAUGAAGGGCUAGUGGGGCGCCUGGGUGGCUCAGUGGGUUAAAGCCUCUGCCUUCGGCUCAGGUCAUGAUCUCAAGGUUCUGGGAUCGAGCCCCAUAUCAGCUCUCUGCUCCGCGGGGAGCCUGCUUCCUCCUCUUUCUCUCUCUCUCUCUGCCUGCCUUUCUGCCUGCUUGUGAUCUCAGUCUGUCAAAUAAAUAAAAUAUUAAAAAAAAAAAAAAAAAAGAUGAAGGGCUCGCACCACUGCUGUGAGAGAGGGUGAUGGGAACCUUCAGUUUGGCUGUAGUUAGCAUCACCUGAGAAGGCUGCUAGGGUAGAUCUGCCUCUCAAACCACAGGGUCGCACCCAGCCUUUGCUCCACAGGCACACCUGGUCUCCCUCCCCUCCCGCCUCCCGGGUGAAUUAUUUCUCUAGAGUCUGUUUUCCAGUGUUCCACAACGCUGGCCAUCUCUUAGCACUUGAGGAAACCAAGACCCAGGAAGAUCACUGGCUUCCUCAGCCUUGCACAGCCAGUUCGAAUCCCUCUCCUGGACCCAGGCCUAGGGUCAGUUGCCCUGGGUCAGGUGUUCCAUGACCUUCUUUGCCGUGUAUGUGUGUCUGUCUGUCUGUCUAGAUCCUGUGAUCCUGGCCACUACCUGAGCCGCCCACUGACCGUCCCUGGAGGCGCGGCCCAGCAUCUGUGGAGAUACCCACCAUCUCCUCUCCUUGGUGUGCGGUCUGGGCCGCUUUCUGAGCUCUCCGGCUGCUUCACGGUGGGGGCCUCAUGGUCACCUCACUCUCAGAUCAGGGCUCGCAAAGGACGUUGACGGAUUUGUGGUGAGACCGUGUGCCCUCAACAGAGCAAGACUGUAAAAACUCACCCCCAGGAAGCCCAGAUGCUGUCGCUGCUCUGUCUUCCUUCCUGUUAUCUCUGGAGACCUGAGGGGGCCGCUCGUUUUCUUGAGUUGAUUCUCUACCUUUUGUUGGCAGUUGGACAAGUUGCUUGUGACUAGAAGCUUCAUUUCGUGUCAGCUUGUAGAAUCAUCCUUGAGUCAUUUUAGCACUGGCACAAAAUGGGUCAAGUUAAAGCCACUCAGGACGCAGCUGUGCUCCACGGCCCUGGUGAGAGAGGGAGGACCCAGGCCUUCCCUGGCACGGAAGGCGUGGCUGGCAUCGUUACCUGUCCGAGGUGUGUUUCCUGAGUGCGGCGAUCAGGAGAGUCCUCGACAGUGACAGUGUCUUGAUGUGUCUCGUGACUUCCCAAAUUAAGACGAUAUCACAGAGAGGAUGCCUGCUUUUCAAACUGAUGGGAAGGCCCAGGUGCCGUUCCCCUGGGCUCGGGACAACCCUCCCGUGGCCCGAGUCAGAGGUCGUAGGCCAGGAAGCCACAGAGGAGAGAACUGUCGUGGGAGCAGUUUUACCAGAAGCACAAUUCUCAUGGUCUCUGGAAGGUACGCUGCUCACAGUGUCAUGGUGUAGUCAGCCCAGUGUUAAGUUCAAUGCUUGAGGAAAUCUGUAAACGCGGAAGAGUAUACCUUCCCUUUUUACUUGAAAGUAUUUCAUCCGGCCCUGAAACCUGGGCAUCUCUCUGUUAGCGUUCCCAAUUUCUGCCGCAGGGUUCAGGUUCCUGUCACCAUUGGUGUUUCGUAAGGUUUUACUAGGGAAUGGAGGGGAACAGUGACAGAGUGUGUGCAAAAAAAUGGCUGCCCUCUCCUUCGGUGAGGGAACUGAGAGAUGGAUGCAGCUACUUCACAGCUGUAGAGCACGUGGGUGAAUUUAUAUUCUGGAUCUUUCUUGGCUCUUCAUCAGCCAUAAACACAUGGACCUAAGAGAUUUAUCAGGAUUAUAGAGGUAUAAAUUGUUACAGUGUAUUAUUUGAUCCAACUACUCCUUGUGUCAGAUGUGUGGAAUGGUUUCUGUAGCCCAGUAGCUAUUCUUACAAUAGUAGACAUUCUCCCCAAGUCUAGACAAAAAUAUAGUCUUGGGAUCCUGCAGGUUCAUGAUUUCUACAUUUUCCUACCAACUUUCAUGUCUUGUCUUCCCUCCGCUUGCUCUCAGAAAAUGGAUGGGGCAUCAUGUGAGAUGAAACAUGCACGAUUUUCAGAAAAGCAAACCUAAAUUUGCCCUCACUUGGAUUUUGUCAUACAGCUUGUGCUCCAGAAUCUCAACCUGCUGCCCACUGACUACCUCCUUAGUUUUUCUCAGAUUUCAGUCGCUUGUUAAGAUCUCAUUCUCGGAUAACUGUAUUUUUAGAAAAGAUUUAAACCGAACUUUUCUCAUUCCUUGGUAUGUCAUUUCACAGUACAGAUCUAUAAUUUUUGACAGCUCUCAUAUACAGAUUUCUAGAAAUGUAAUAGAAAAAUGAUUUUGCACAUAUGGUGCAAGUCUUGCUGGUGUACGUUUCAUGUGGCAACACUUGCCAUAACUUCUUGGCAAAACAUGUCAACUCGAGCGCUUGAGUCAGAACUCUAAUGUAAAUGUGUCUAAACAGCGGUAUGCAUCAUUAUGAUAUAUUUUUGUAAACAUAGUGAUGGCUUCUUUCAAGCGUAUAAGUACUGAAUAAAAAUCAUCACUUCCCUUGGAAUAAUGUAUGCUCCCCAGCUGAUGGUCCUCUGCACAGUUACUUGCUCCGUCAGCCAGUGGCAUUCGUGUUUUUUAGAGAGCGAAGGAAUGAUACCCGGCAACAUGGAGUGUAGGAAAACCAGGCCACCAGGACUUGCCUCCUCAAGUGGAAAACUCCCAGCCGUAUCUGACAGCAUCCACCUGGGAGAGGCCACCCUCAUCCUCUGUGCUGUGUCCAGUUGUAGGAAGCACCAAGAGGACUGGACUUGGUUCACCCAUUGACCGGCUUGGUCACUUUGCCUCCUGAAGCUCUAAAUUGACCAAAUCUCUGUGGUACGAGGGGCCCGAGUAACGUUCCUCGUGACCCUCCACAGCUGACUGAAACGAGGGCUGGGUGUCCGUUCAGUCACAGUUCCCCAAGUUCAUGUGAAAAUACAUCCACUCAGAAGACUCUUCCAAAAUAACUGCCCCAGUUCAAAUGGCCACGUUGGUUUUGGCCAUGUUGGAAAACUGUUGAGGCCUUCCCAGACCGCUCACAAGUGUCCUAACUGUAACUGUAGCUGACCGUCCUUGCGUUCUGAUGUGCCGGGUUCUCUCCUAAGCACUUUAAUGCAUUCUCUCCUCUGAACCCUCCCAACCACCCUCCGAGGCGGUUCCUGCUGUCCCGGUCGAUCUGUAAGGACACUACCCACAGUGGAGAAUCACUGGGCUUAGUAAGCGGGGUGACCAGUUCCGUUUUCCCUGUGGUCAGAGCAGAGUUCUUAAAGCCCAUCAACACUUUGGAAUGGAUUUUGUUUAAUGUAUGGCAUCGAGGGAAAGAUGGUAUUUCUGUUAUUAAAAGCCACCUUUAAAGUAUGUUGAUGUUUAAAUGGGACCCUAUAAACCGUAUCUCCUCUGGUAACCGCCCAGGUUUCUGCAUAAGACUUGACUUACCUAAGAUUCCGUGUUGCAGAUGAAACAGUUUUAAAGUAGUGAAUAAAUUAAAAUUGCUAAUGUGUUCACAUUUGUUUCAUAGGUUUCCUGUACAAAAUUGUGGGGAUAUAAAAGGAAAAAUUUGAACUCAGUGAAGUGAUAUUCUUUGGGAACUCCUAGAUGUUAGAAAUGGCACUGGGCAUCGGUUAGCUAACAUUUCAUUCACUUUUUCACAUUUGUUGUAUUUGUAGCCUUAGAAUCAAUGAGUCUGGUUUGGAAGAGAGGGAUUUCAUUUAUGAUGUCACUGUGAGAACUGUUGUGGAAAUUUUGUAGGAAAAAUACAGUAAUCUGUCGUUUCUUUCCGGUAGUGACGGCUUUAACAUCGCUUUGGCUGUGUUUAAGUUCAAGAGCUUGCCACGGCCACGCAGGCCGUGUUUCUUGGAAACAGGGCAUGGCAGACCGUGAGAUGGGUCCCAAAAGGUUCAAGGUCACUGGUCCAGCCCCCGCCCUGCCCAAUGUAAGCAUCACCUCUCUGUCUCUCCUCUCUGGACCUUCAUGUAGCAGCCUAACACUGGGGCCAACUUGCCUUUACUCUAUUUUCUAUGAUGAACACUUGUGGAGAAACUGUGACAAAUCCAUCGAUCCUAAUAUUUUUAUUGUUGGAGUCUUGUUGAUUCUCUAUGAAUAAUUUCUAUUUGAUGGUACUGUGUAGAAUUAAUACCCACUAGGGAUAUGUUAAUAAAACUAUAAAUUCAUAGUGUAAUAUAGAAUAGCAAGAUUUUUUUGUGAACAAUUUAUAUAGAAAAGUAAGUUGUUUUUUAAGUGUUAGGCACAUUUCUUUUAGGAACUUAAAAUGUUAUAAGAGUUUUUUAAACAUUCAAUAUUUUUAAUUAUAAGAAACAUUUGUUACUAGAGCCAAUUAUUUCAGGUGUUCUAACUGGAGUAUUGAUUUUAUUACCUCAUAUACCUCUAGAAUGCCACAUGUUCUGUUGGAGAUAAAAUUGCACAAUAAAUGUCAAGUCUCUGUUAAGUGUUUUUGCAUCUUUCUCCAAUUCAUUGAAGAAGCUUUUCUGUGUUGUUUUGGUUUUUUGUUUUGUGUUUUUU